CGUUUUAUUAUAGGCAACUCUUUUAACACAUUCAAAAUUAUAAGUUGGCUGUUGUUAUGAAAACGUAAGUUUUUGAACAACACAAUAUAAAUAACGCUCCAAAACAAUCUUAGUGGACUCUGAAAUAUUAUAUAUUGAAACGCAAUAUCUCCAGCAUCAUGAAUUUCCUUACUUCUCUCAAGUUAGUCCGCAAUUUUAGAGCAGUUUCUCGCCAUUUGACAUCUAUUCGCAUGAGCAGCCAAGUCAUUGAACCUCCAGAUGAUUACAUUGAGCUGCCAAGGAGGGUUCACAGAGGUGAUGAGGAUCUCGUCACUCGCAAAUCGCGCCUCUUGUAUCAGUCACGCAAACGCGGGAUGCUAGAAAACGACUUGCUAUUGAGCACAUUUGCUGAUAAAUAUCUACAAGAUAUGAGUUAUGAGGAGGUGGAAGAGUAUGAUAAGCUUAUUAAUCAACCAUCAAAUGAUUGGGAGAUCUUCUAUUGGGCUACUGGUGUCAAACCAGUGCCUCCAGAGUAUGACAACUACACUUUUAAGUUGUUCAAGGAACAUACAAUGAAUUUAAAGAAAGAGGUCAGAUUACGGCAACCUGAUGUCAAAGAAAUGAAGUAAUUUGUGAAUGAAGGAUUGAUGAUGAUUGUGGAUGAUCAAGUAUUUAUAUUAAAGUAUCUAAUGUGUGAUAAUUUUUCAUUAUUGUUAUGAAAUAUGAAUUGAUGGUUGAAAA